AACGACGCAGGCGAUUUCCAUGUAUUGGCAGAAUGACAACUACCAGUGGACUGCGAAAUCGCUAACCAUGCGCAACGAUCCAGGGCCCGUAGCUGCUGCUCAUCGUAUCCAGUGCUAUCCGAUGUACCGAUGUAUAAUGGCAAUGCAACUGAUGCUCAUUUGGCGUAGUGGCAGAGAACAUGAUUGUGCGAUGUUAUUGCUGGCCACGCAACAGGUGCGUUUGCAGCGUAUUGGCAGAGGAAACAUAUUACUGGCUGGUGAUGUAUGUUUUGUAGUUGCUGGCUGCACAAAGGAUCCAGUGGGAUGCAGCAUUCCAAGUCCAGGUGUUCGCUGCCGGGCGCAACACCACAGUCGGCCGGUCGCAGUCAUCGUUAAGAAGGAGCCGCCAAAUCGCCUAAAGGCGUAUGGGGCAAAUAUGGUGGAAACGACACAGGCGAUUUCCAAGUAUUGGCUGAUGGCUGCACAAGCGAACUGCAGAACUGCUAACCAAGCACAGCGAUCCAGUGCUCGAAGCUGCUGCUCGUCGUGUCCAGUGCUAUCCGAUGUACCGAUGUAUAAUGGCAAUGCAACUGAUGCACGUAUGGCGUAGAGGCAGAGAACAUGAUUGUACGAUGUUAUUGCUGGCCACGCAACAG